AUGCUGCUGCAGAAUUUAAAAAACAAUUUGUGGAAGAUUAGUCCACAAAAUAAAUAUAAAUUAACAAACUCUCUUAAACGAUUAUUCUCUCAAACACUCUCAUGCAAACACUCUCAAGCAACCACUCUCAAGCAACCACUCUCAAGCAACCACUCUCAAACUACCACCUUCAAGCAAACACUCUCAAACGAUUAUUUCAAAGAAGCAAAGAAGAGGUAUGCGGGAGCAGAGGAGAGGUAUGCGGAAGUAAGAAAGGAGUAUGCGAAAGUGGAUAAAGAGUUGAAGAGGAAGGAAGAGAGGAUAGAUCGAUUGAGAAGAAAGUUGGAUAAAGAGAAAUACGAAAAUGAGUUGAAAACACUCGAAAAAAAACAGGAGUGCUUAGAAAACGAUCGAGAGUUUUGGAAACUUGAAAUGAAAAAAUGGUCAAAUGUGUUGGCGUCGUCAGACGUACCUAAUACAUUGCCUAGUGAUUUGCAAUAUGUAGAACCCCAGCCAUUGCUAAGAACAGAAGGUGCAUCGUGGGAAUUUCAAAGCUCGGAAAAGUUUAUGAAUAUACUACGAAAAGCUUUGAAAGAUCACUACGACAACUUCCGGUUAAAAAGGUACGAUAAACAAUCGAUACCAAUCUACCUGAUUCUAUCAGGCCCUGGAACUGGGAAGUCUAGGAUAGCAACCGAAUUACCACGGUUAGCAAGAGAUUGCGCUGAAAAUGGCUCAGAAUUACAAAAGCGGUUAUCGGAAGCAAUAGUCUUCAAUAUUUCCUUGGAAAACAGCACGGCACUAAUCACCAAUAUUGAAACGGAGGCCAGAUAUAUUAUAGGGGUGAGAAUGUUGUUCCAGCUCAUGCCAGAAUGGCAUCAUAAAUGGAGUGAAUUUCUUGCCAAACAUAAACACACCUCGCCGGAACAAGUAUUAGAAAUGAUUGCCAAAGAUUGUGGCGUGGAUUAUAAGGAUUUGACUGUCUUUCUUACAAUCGAUGGCCUGCAAAAAGUAAUAGAAAAUGAGGGAGAUUGGAAAAACAAACGUUCUCUGUUCUAUUCUUGUCUUACAACAGUUGCAAAUCUAGUCCGAUCUAGAAAUUUCAUCAUUGGAACCUGUACAGCGACCGUGUACCAACCUGUUGAGCAUUGUCUUGCAGACUCCCAUCAAAGACGUAUAUAUCUCCCAGUUUAUCGCUUACAGCCGCCAACACGCCUGAUCAAUGGUGUUCAGCAGCCAGUUUUCGCUGAUCACCCUAUUAUCGAUAUGCUGGUCAAUGAUAUGGGUGGAUGCGGGCGUCCUCUAGAAAUAUUGGAAUACGCUCUUAAAGACAAAGAUAUCGACCAAUGUAAUUUCAUGAAUUUGAUGAGUUAUAUAUGUGAACAGCUGCAAGAACGUUACCCUGAAUGGAAAGGGGUAGAAGGGAUUAUACCCCUCCUCCGUGUUAUCUUGACGCACCAACCUGUAGCGCGUAAAAAACCUAUUCCCGGUACAAAUCUUCUUCCAGAAGCUUAUACCAGUUUGGGUUUGGUGGAAUUUAAUGCGACAAAUCAAAGUCAAGACGGGUAUUUGACUUGUCCAUAUAUUUGGCUAUGGAUAAUCGCAAAUACUACAAACGAUCCUAUUCUACGAGAUUGGAAUUUCAAUAAUUUACAAGAAGCGCUACACAAAGAGGACCCUAGAAUUCCACCGGGAUUGCAGUUUUGGCAGCACUUCGAAAAUUUUAUUGCAUCUAUUCGAGUCCUUAAGUCCAGGAUAUUCGAUGAUGGUGCUUAUCUUUCAUUAGAAGAGUUUCACCAUGGUGCAAAACACACGUUCAACAAUACCGAGAUUUACAAUCAACAUCUACAAUUGGAAAAGGCAAUCGUCAUGCAAUGUGAAGAAGGUCCAGUUGACAAGACGGGCAAAUACUGCAUAAUUAAUGCCUCUAAUGCGGCAGCUGGUGACUGCUUUAUUCCUGGGAUGCAUCUUCGUCGAAAAUCCAAGGAUUACUGUUCAACUGAAGUUCACCAAUGUAAGUUGCUGAAGAAUAGUUCGGUUAACCAGAUCACCUAUGAGGAAGAGCGCCAGAAAACAGCAAAUAAAGAGGAUAUAUUCAUAUUAUAUACCAGCGGGAAAUCCGAAGUCGAUCUUCCAAAGUUGUCGGCUAUUGUUGACCGAGACUGCUGGGACGCCUACUUUGGACCCUUCGCUGGCCGGACAUUUCACUAUGCAAAGAUGAUGCCGUUGAACGCGAACAAAGCUACCUUUACCCAGCUCACUGGUGUAAAAGGAAUAGGCACUGUGCGCGCCAAUGAACUAAUACGUAACCGGCCAUUUGAAAAUUUAGAUGAUUGUGUGCGCAAAACAAACAUCCCCCGAAAUAUUGUUGAGUCAUUUUCGAUUUAA